AUGGGAGGCCCUCCACCAAUUGGGGCUCGAAAGGCAAAUCUUGAUUCUCUUACAGAGAAUAUUAUCACUGAAUUUGGCUUUCAAGAAGUUGGCCACCUGAGGGCCAUUAAAUCAACGGUAGGUGGAUUCCCAAGGCCUCUAAUGGAUCUUAGUCCCAAAAACUUUGCAAAAUUGUUCAAUGAAGCAUUUGGAUAUGAACUUAUGCCCCCUUUUAACCCUUAUCGUGACAGCCUCAGCUUCAUGAUGGCUUCUUAUGUAUUACCAUAUGUGGGACUACUUGGCUAUGUGGGCACAAAUCCCAACAUCAAGGGCUGCGUUACAAAGCGACUUUUGGCAGGACUAUUGGGGGUAGAAUCUGGACAGGAUGCAUAUAUUAGAGGAUAUCUAUAUGAGCGAUCCAAGGAGGUUGUGCUCCCAUACAAUCACACAGUAGCUGAGUUCACAAUCCGAGUGUCCGAGAUGCGAAAUCGAUUGGCAAUGUGUGGAAUCAAAGACGAAGGCGUUAUCGUCCCACCACAACUCGGGGCGGAGAAUCGGGCUAAAAGCAAGUUAUUAUCUGCCGAUUAUAACUCCCUCUCCUACGGAAGGACUCCAUUGGAAAUUCUCAGAAUUGUGUAUGGUACCGGUGAUGAGCACGUUCCUGGUGGAUUCUUUCCCAAGGGAGCCAGUGGAAAAAUAGCCCGUGAACUCCUCAAAAAUGUUAUGGCUUAG